GAUCCGCGGCGGCCGCGCUGUCUGCUUCUCCGCUUCUCCGCGGAGCGCGAGCGCCUGAGGCCAGUUCGGGGGAUGUGAGAGCCGAAGCCUCUCGGCUGCCAGACACCGAGUAGGGUCGGGAUUUGCCAGCCGGGCCCCAGCUCCAGCCCUGCAAGCUCGGGACGCAGCCGAGUGACCCAGGCCCAACGGCGAGUUCGGGCGGGACGGCGGCCACCGCACGCCCAGACUCGGAUUCGCUGCGCGUCCAGCAGAAGAUGAAUCCCGCUUCGGCGCCCCCUCCGCUCCCGCCACCCGGGCAGCAAGUGAUCCACGUCACUCAAGACCUAGACACGGACCUCGAAGCCCUCUUCAACUCGGUGAUGAACCCCAAGCCCAGCUCGUGGCGGAAGAAGAUCCUGCCCGAAUCGUUCUUCAAGGAGCCUGACUCCGGCUCGCACUCGCGCCAGUCGAGCACCGACUCGUCCGGCGGCCACCCGGGGCCCCGACUGGCCGGCGGCGCCCAGCACGUCCGCUCGCACUCGUCGCCCGCGUCCCUGCAGCUGGGCACGGGCGCGGGCGCUGCGGUCAGCCCCGCGCAGCAGCACGCACAUCUCCGUCAGCAGUCCUACGACGUGACCGACGAGCUACCGCUGCCCCCGGGCUGGGAGAUGACCUUUACGGCCACUGGUCAGAGGUACUUCCUCAAUCACAUAGAAAAAAUCACCACAUGGCAAGACCCUAGGAAGGCGAUGAAUCAGCCCCUGAAUCAUAUGAACCUCCACCCAGCUGCCACUUCCACACCAGCGCCCCAGAGGUCCAUGGCCGUGUCUCAGCCGAAUCUUGUGAUGAAUCACCAACACCAGCAGCAGAUGGCACCCAGUUCCCUGAGCCAGCAGAACCAUCCCCCUCAGAACCCAUCAGCGGGGCUCAUGAGUAUGCCCAAUGCACUGACCACCCAACAGCAGCAGCAGCAGAAGCUUCGGCUUCAGAGGAUCCAGAUGGAGAGAGAGAGGAUUAGGAUGCGCCAGGAGGAGCUCAUGAGGCAGGAAGCCGCCCUCUGUAGACAGCUCCCCAUGGAGGCCGAGACUCUAGCCACGGUUCAGGCUGCUGUCAACCCUCCUGCCAUGACCCCAGACAUGCGAUCCAUCACUAAUAAUAGCUCGGAUCCUUUCCUCAAUGGGGGGCCAUAUCAUUCGAGGGAGCAGAGCACUGACAGUGGCCUGGGGCUGGGGUGCUACAGCGUCCCCACGACUCCAGAGGACUUCCUCAGCAACGUGGAUGAGAUGGACACAGGAGAAAACACAGGACAGACACCCAUGAAUAUCAACCCUCAGCAGACCCGUUUCCCUGAUUUUCUUGACUGUCUUCCAGGAACAAACGUUGAUCUAGGAACUUUGGAAUCUGAAGAUCUGAUCCCCCUCUUCACUGAUGUAGAAUCUGCUCUGAACAAAAGCGAGCCUUUUCUAACCUGGCUGUAAUUAAUAUCAUUGUAGCUUGGAUGCAGCCGUGACCUGACAUUUCCUGGGCCUCUUGGAAAAAGCGAUGGAGCAGAGCAAGGUGGCAGGUGAGCUACCUCCUGCCUCCAUCACACAUGCUCCCUCCUUUCCUUGUGGCCAGUUUAAUAAUUGCCUGGAUUUGAUUGGCAGUCACUUAAGUUAAACAUGAAUAAACAUUCUAUUUCUGUUUUCUGCAAGCCUGCAUUCCUGUGAUGGGCUGUGCAACAGAAUUGAUUAUGCAGAAUUGCUUCUUUGUUUUCCUCUCUACUACCCCAUGACCAAGCUUUGUGGGUGUUAGCCGAAAUUUAUACAUCAAUUGAUUAUAAACCAUGAAAAACUGAUGACCACAGGCAGUGACUUUUGACAGGUGGCUCGGUCCAGGAAAUGUACACAAAACACGACCUGAUUUACAGUUUCAAAAACUGUAUUGAUGACAUUAGUACCAAAUGCUUUAAAGAAUAUUUAACUUGAGCUUUAAAAAUCAUUGUACUGAUAGUAAAAUUCUGCUGUUUGGAAUACAAUGUAGUUUUCAAUUCAUGCAGGUUCUGAUGGCUCUUAUUACCUGUAUUCUCAAAGGCACACAGCGUCCUAUUGUAGUGUAUCCUUCGUCAUUUUUCUGCACAGCAUCUAGACAACUAUCCUUCUAACAGGAGAGUGGCAAUGGCAUUCGUUACAGUUCCUACACCAAGAUCUCAUGAAAGAGAAAGAGACCAGUUUGGUACUAAUUAUGAACAUUUAUUAAACAAAAGGUUUUUAAAUGACAAGUUGGAUUUUUAAGAAAAUUACAGCUUAGAAUUUGAUGUCUAUUUUAUGAAGCACUAUCAUUUGGUGACUGAUGACAAAUUUCAGCCAAAUGUUUUUGAUAAAUCAGUGGCAACUAUGUUUUUGUCCUUUGAAACUGUUCUGAAAACAUCAGUACCACAUAGCUUUCAACCUGAUGGCAUACAGUGAGCUGUUGCUUUUAAAAUUCUGAAACCUUGUUGGCUUUUCUUCUUUCAAGAUUUCUAGGGUUUAAAAUAAUCUUAUCUAUGAAGCUGUUUGAAGGAUGAAGCAGAUCUCUGACUGACGGGUCAAAAAAUGCCCCCUGAGGGUGUAUGGUGGAGACCCUUAGUGUUUCCGAAGUCACUAAAGUUGAUUCCUAGGUGUAUUAUCCUAAUCCUGUUUGCUACAGUUGGUAUAGAAAGGCAUGAAAUAUGUACUCAGUACCUCUUAUGUAACCAAAACCAUUUUUUUUUGUUUGUUUUUUAUUAGCUUUUAAGGACUGAGAGAGAGCAUCGGGUUCGCCUGGCAUGCACUCUGCCUGCAUUGCCAAUGAAGUCCUCAAUUGUUUAAUAUUUUGAACUGACAUUAUUUAUAAUCUAUGAAUUUAAUAUCUUUUUUGAGAGACAUUAAUAAUGCAGGUCUCUGAGAGGAACCUUUCCAUUCCCAAAGGGGCUUAUUUGCUGGGGAUCUGAGAUCCUUUUUGAUCUACCAAAAGACAGACAGGCAGAAUACAUCUUAUCUUGUUGGAAUGAAGGCAAGUGUAAAGGUCAGAGAUGAAGUAGUAACGUUAGGGAAUACAGUGGAAAGGCUACUAGGUGUGAGAUGGAAAUAGACAAGCUAUGGUGCCCCAAAAGCAAAAGGAGAAGGAGGUGUGAGGUGCCCCCAAAGAACAAAGCAAUGAUUUUCUCCUACAACUUUUGUACCAAAAGACUGUUGUAGAAGAAAAGAAGGCUUCGGUGCACUUUAUGUGGGAGAAGGAGGCACAGCGCUCGUGCUGCCCUGUCCACGCUGAUGUUAAGUGAGUAGGCGGAUGAGAGCUUAAACCUACUGUUGCUUCCAACACAAUGAAGUGACUUUUAUCCCCUGAAGGACCCAUGGUUUCUCUUCCUCUGAUACCAUCUCUUUUUCAAAACGCUCUGAGAGAUGAGGGUAGAUGUUUCUAUUGCUACUAUAUUGAAGGGAGCACUAUUUCUUUUUCUCUUCUGUUAGCAAUAAUUGCAAAAAGCAUUGUACAUUCUUUCUAAGAAAAAGCAAAAAAAAAAA